CGGAGCCGAGCUGCCCUAGCGCUCGUCUCUCUCGCCUUUGCGUCCGGUCCAGCCGCCGCCGGCGACGCCGUCUUGCCGUCGCGGCGCCUAAGGGAUCAAGGUUCAGAAUCGAUGGCAGAUCAAACAGCUACUGCGGCAAAUCUUGAUUCAAGAGUGAAAGCAAAGCUGGUUCUUGGGGCAGAAUCAUUUUCAAUCAGUUCCGACUCUGGCAUCCUAUCGGAGCAGCUGGCUGCUAUGAAGGAGAAGAGCAUGGAGAUCCUAAAAGCCUACAUCACCAAGCAUAAUGCUCCCACUGAUGUCCCUGAUGAACCCAUCGAGGGCUUAUCUGAUGACGAAGGCGACGCACCUGGUAACAACCCACCAAAGAAAUCUAAGAAGCACAAGUGAUCAUCCAAUUGUAAUUGAAACGGAAA